AUGGCUGCUCCUCUAUCUGAACAUGAGAUUCGCCAAGUUACAUUAAAUGGUGCGAAUCUCGUCCCUCGUCAAAUCGAUCAGCAUAUUCUGCAAGAGGAAAUAACGAGGACUGCUGCAUGCAAUCUACUCUCCAACCUGAUUGAGAAAUGUGCACAGUCAGAAGAACAAAUUUUCGUCCUUGCUCUCUGGCAGAAUGAACAAUUCUGGUUCCAGGCUUUCUGGACCUAUCUCGAUCAGCACCAUGCUCUUAACGUCAAGCCGUCACGUCUAUUGCUUACGUCCUUGACCUCCGCCUUGAUCAAGUGUCAGGAUAAGUCUAUAUGCGAACCCGAAAAGACAAGGUUACUAAAACUUCUUGUCCAACAUAUUGCUACGCCAUCAGAGAAUGCUCCUACCAGACCUGCCAUGCAAGCCCUGGCUCACUGGCUUUCCAAAAACGUCGUCUCUGUGAAUGAUCUGUGCAGCGUCUUUGGCGAUGCAUCGAUCGAGAAACGAAGCCAAUCUGUCUCUUCCUCGGUUCAGGACGUGCUUACUGUCGUCUUACGUCUCGCGCCCUAUGAAGAUUUUGCUUCAUCUGCUGGUUCUUUGGCAGCUCUGAUAAUCCAGAAGGCGGAAAUCAUAAGCCAAACGCCUUCGCCAACGGCGUUCGGUACCUACCACGCUUCUUUGUGGUCUUCUACUGUUUUGGAUAUCCUCAAGCAAAAGCCGAGGUCUCUCGAGAUCUUCCGUCUCUAUGUUUUUCCUGAGAUCUUUCAGCAAGACAAACAAAGUUUCAACGCUUUCCUAGGCCAACUAGGUAUACAAAGUAUUCUCGGGGGAGACCAAUCGUCAGAGAACUCAUCACCACUGCCCACAUUACAGUGCGAGGAAGUACUAUUUUGUGCGCUAUCUGUAGGAAGCAAACUUGGUUUGGUCAAGAUUGCGGACUCUGGAAGUGUCAAAAGUGUCAAGUUGUUCUUCGACAAUGAAGUUCUGUGUAUUCCAGAUGUUCUCCUCGGAGAUCUGUUAUUACGCACGUCUGAUGCGGUAAGAAUCGCCGGUCUCGCCAUGCUUACCACUUCCACAACGACCACUCAGCCAUUGCCUAUCGGAGUGAUGGCUGCUCUACAAAAAGGGCUACCUUUUCUACAUGCAGACGCAGACGCCGGAUUCCGGAGUGAACUUUUCAGUUUGAUCAGACAUCUUAUGGAUCGCAUCAAGGCUGCAACAGCGUCUUUGACCAAGCCACCAAAUAAGACGAAGAAGAACAAAGCGAAAGAAGCCGUCAAUUCUCUAUCGACAUCCACUGAGUCUUCUGAGCUAAUUGCAGCCCAUAGAUCCUUGAUCGAAUGGUACGUCUCGUUCCUCAAGGCCGAAUUGCGACCGACGGCUAGCUACCAGAGACAUAUAUCAGCACUCAGAUGUAUUUCCAUAGUUGUCAGAUCUGGAGUAGAUGCACGAUUUUCCGGCUUUCUGCAUGGGAAACCUACAAGCGCUGCGGCGGCGUGGCCUUUCACACUGGAUGUAGUUGACCAUGAGAUGACCGAUCUGUUGAUCGAUCUACUACUGGACGCUUUCGACGAUGUCAGAUCCGCCGCUGCUGAGAUUAUGAGUCUUAUGGGCUCGGGCUCACAACAGCAGACUGUUACUGGAGAAACACCUUUGGCGGUAAAGAUUCUGGCACAAGCUGAGCAGAGGCUGGUUCUCAGUGGACGUGCUGACCACGCAGAUGGAGUUGCACAUCUUUACAGCAUCUUGUUUAGCCAAUGCUCGCAUCUUAUCAGCGAUCGCGAGCAAUGGUGGUCUUCCAAAUGUGGGAUUCUGGAGCACCUUCUCCUUACUGUCGAACAGACAAUCGAGGUUGCAAAUGUAGAUAUCAAUGAAGCGGUCAGCAACCACCCUUUGCACGGCUUCUUCAUCGGCUUGAGAUACAUUAUCGAAAAGUCCGACUUCUAUCAGACAAUGUCUUCCGAUCCUGUCGCAUUGUCCCACCUGUCAAAGUCCUACACCCGACUCUGCAAUGUUUUCGAGGCUCUCUGGAAGUGUGUACAUGACACGCUAUGUAACGACACCACCGAAGGUAUUGCUGCCGAGGAACUCGAGGAGGAGGAAACCGGUACAAAAGACGUUCUGAGUUACUCAUGGCGAGCCCUCAAAGAGUCUAGUCUGCUAUUGCGGGCAAUCGUGAAAAGCUGCCCUGUAACUUCCGGCGACCAGACGCUUCUCUCACCUCAACAACUUCGCCAGCUAGGUGAUCUCACAUUCACAGAGCUUGCAGAACUGCGUCAUCGUGGUGCUUUCUCGACGGUCGCUCAAACUUUUGUUAUCUGCUGUAUGCGCUCCAAUAGUGGCGCAGAAACUCUCAGUCAAACGCUUGAGGACUGGUACAAGCGUGCGAUCCUUUGCAUCCAGAAUCAGACUGCGAUCAACACUCGCCGCUCAGCAGGAUUGCCUUCUUUGAUGAUUGGCAUUGUCGUUGCAGAUACCAAAGGUCACCUAUUCAGCAGAGCUAUGUCAGAGCUCACGACCGAAGGCACGAGACCAGUUGAUCCAGCUGCAGAAAGUGCUGGCGGUCUUUCUCAGGUUCAUGCUCUGAAUUGUAUAAAGGACAUAUUCAAGAACUCGAAGUUAGGCGAGCGAUCAGAGGCUUAUGUGCCACAAGCACUCAGUCUUGCUGCUAGAUGUUUGUCUUCGGAUACAUGGGCUGUCCGAAACUCCGGAUUGAUGCUAUUCCGUGCUCUGAUGGAUAGACUGAUUGGCACCAAUGAUGCAUUCUCAGAUGAGGAUACGUAUACCCAGAGCCGGCUCUCGGAUGAGGCAAUCACAAGCUUGAUGCAGGUUGUCCUUCAGCUGUUGGCAACUGAUGUCGACGUCGAUCAAGUCAAGGCCGAGGUGGUGUUCCCUGCUUUGCAGCUGCUCCAACGCGUACAGCCACCUUCGAGUAUGUCUGAAAGAAUUCAAUAUUCGGUCCUACGACUUGCGUCAAGCCGGCAAUGGCUGGUUCGCGACAAAGCAGCCAAGACAUAUUCCACUCUGGUGUCUGCCAAAGAUCGAAAUGAGGUACACGGCAAUCUGCUUACAGCAAGAUAUCUUGUUGAAAGGCAAGGCAAGAACUUUAGCACAGAAGAUAUGCACACGCUGAUGAAUGCCAUACAAUCGCGGAUUGAUGAUCUCCUCUACGACAAUGUAUGUCCGCUCACACAAGCUGCAUUUGUGGACGUACAAAACGCUUUCUUCUACUCAGCCAUUCAAAAGCAGCGUCAUCUAUUCGUACCAGGCACAAGAUGGGCUACCGUUGAGGAUAUUAAAAUCAUCCUAGAUUUACCCCAGGAUCAUUUCGCAGCUUGCUCGUUCCUACGACAAUCUCUGGCGCUUUCGCUAAUCUAUGAGUACGCUCUGUUCAGCGGACUCUCGAAGGAUAGAUCGGCCGCGGACUUGCGGGCGAGGUUAGACAUCUUUGCGUUACUAGCGAGUCGGGAUUCUGAUGCUUGCACGACUGCACUACGCGAAGCUGCCAGGAUCGGAUCUACGGAUUCGGUCUAUGCCACACAGACAACAGAGCUUCUAGUCAACGUCUCUGCCAACCUGUUGUUCAACGAUACCGUGAAUAUCGAGGUCCAAGACGCUGCUCAGGAGGUCCUUGUCACCUUGUUGUCCCAAGGCGCUGGAGAUGAGAUCAAGAAGAUCUUCUCCACUGAUCUGAAGCAGUCUUAUCUUCCCUCAAGUGCCGCAACGCCACUUUUCGGUGACAAACGGCUCAUAUUGCAGGGAGCACUGCUCAACUUCCGAGUGCAAGAUGGCUCGCCAGGAGACAACGAGCUUACUCUGAAUUUCGAGACGUGGGUCUCACAAGUCCGUUCUGCCCUGCGUGCCUCGAAUCCGUUCGACACCAGAUAUGCCGCAGCGAUAGCAGCACAGCAGCUCAGCCAGAGAUCUUUGGAAAAACUCAGCUCUAGCGAUGCUCGCAAUCUAUAUCUCGAAUUUUGUCUAGCUGUCUAUGACCUCUGCAACGACGACGAUGUCGAGAUCAGAACACUAGUCGCUCCGGUUGCCACUAGAAUAAUCAACACAGGCAGCUCGAAGAAACAAGCCGAUCUGGCACCGCUAGCCGCCAACCAAGCAGUAGCAGAGUUCAUCUCAUCCGCAUUCGGAAGCAGCAACUCAGCAGCCACGACAGCCAUCGGCAGAGCCACUGGAAACGCCGUCACCACUUCCUUCCCAGAUUCAGUCAACCAAGCGCUCAGCACAAAAUCUCAAUCGGGUUCCUCCCUCUUCGCACAAGAAAAGCACAAUCUCUUCAUUGACGAAAGCAGAGAAGCACGUGUUUGGUCUUCUGUCGCUGCUCGACUGCAUCCCUCUGCUUUCUCGUUCCGCAUCCUCAUGAAUCUCUGCACAUGGGUCACCGAUGGCCUUGACGUAUUGAUUUCAGAAGCUGAGAAGAUGCCUGAUGCCCCGCUUGGUUGGAGCAGAAAGGCGGAGGUGUUUGUGUUGGGCAUGCAGAUCUUGUAUGCUGCUCAGCUUGUGUUGGUGUUGAUCAAGAGAGGUGUGGAGAUGCCGAUUCAAGCAAGUGCUAUCAAAUCGAGACUGCAAUCGUUUGUGAAGAACGGGAAGCAGUAUGGAGUCAACGUUUUGUGGGUGCAGACUGCUCAAGAAGUUCUGGAACAGCAAGGUUGA